AUGAAAGCCAAGGAAUGCCCGUUAGAAAGCCCCUACCUACGACGACAUCAAAACAGCUUGACCAGAGAGAUCGUCUAUCAUUCACACUGCAUUCGACUCUCCGAUACUGAGCUAGCUCAACGAAAUGUGGUUGCCGACAUCAACGUUCCCCUUCUUGAACGUGGCCGAAUUCUCGAUCGCCAAGGAUCAUGCGAGGAAUGGAAGCCAAGACAUUGUGAUACCAUCGACCUAAAAGUUCCAAGACCCUUCCCAACCCAGAAAUAUCCACAACUGCUCUUCGGCCUCGCCACAAGCUAUGACCGUCUUCUCGACUCGCUUUCCCAACUCUCUCACUGGCUCUCUGGCUCCGGAGCUCGUCUGGUAGUCAUCAUCAUCGACGCUAACAACCAUGCUUCGGAUCUCGGUCGCCUGCUCCACCUCUUCAGAAGCCACGAUAUCGAUCUCGUUGUCGCACCCCCCUGGGCAGAUGGAUCUCUAGGCGCAAACGAGCAGCACUUCACCAUCCUCCGCGAUAUGUUGAAUCAUCUCACUCCCGAUACCAAGUGGCUAGGUGUCAUUGACGAUGACACCUUCUUCCCUUCGCUCUAUCCACUCGCCGCUCUCCUCGCCGAUCGUGAUCAUACCAAACCUGCAUACCUCGGUGCCCUUUCAGACAGCCUCGAUGCCCUCCAAAGACACGGAAUGAUGGCAUACGGUGGGGCUGGUGCUUUCUUAAGUAUCUCGUUAGCGGAGCAGCUUGAGCCAAAGAUAGAGAGCUGCCUGAAAUCCAGCCCGUCUCCCCAGGGAGAUGCACUUCUCAAGAACUGCAUUGCCAACCAAACAACCACCGAGCUGGAACUUCUGCCAGGCCUUAAUCAGCUGGAUAUUAUGGGCGAUCCCAGUGGCUUCUAUGAAUCCGGACGGUAUCCUGUGAGCCUGCACCACUGGAAGUCUUGGCACCAGAACCCAGUUGAUCUAAUGGCGAAAACCACCGAGUUGUGUGGGUCGUGCAUGAUGCAGCGAUGGCGGUUCGGAUCUGAUACUGUGCUUUCAAACGGUUACAGCAUCGUGCAAUACAAGGAAGGGAUCGACCUCGAAGAACUCGAACACACCGAGGCAACAUUUGACUGGAGCCAUCUUUACGAAUGGAGCCUGGGACCGCUACGAAACAAAACAGAGCCACGUCUCAAAAAGAAAUAUCAGCUUGUUGAUUCCGAAAUGAUCGGUGGCACCCUGAGGCAGCUAUAUUUACACAGAGCCGAGGACUUUGGGUCAGUAGAAUACUCGUCUGGAAAACUCAUCAGCAAAUCCGACAAAGUAGCCAGGGAUGAGCUGGUGGAAUUGUGGUGGGACUGGUCGAGUCUCUUGGCGCGAUGA